GUCCCGCCGGCCCUCCCUCUCUCCUGCCCGGGCCCGCGUGCCACUUUGCCAGAGGGACAGUCGGCCCAAUAUGUCAAGACCGCUGAUCACUAGAUCGCCUGCUUCUCUGCUGAACAACCAAGGCAUUCCUACUCCAGCACAGCUCACAAAGUCCAAUGCGCCCGUCCACAUUGACGUGGGUGGCCACAUGUUUACCAGCAGCCUGGCCACCCUCACCAAAUACCCUGAAUCAAGAAUCGGAAGGCUUUUUGAUGGUACAGAGCCCAUUGUUUUGGACAGUCUCAAACAGCACUAUUUCAUUGACAGAGACGGACAGAUGUUCAGAUAUAGCUUGAAUUUUCUACGAACAUCAAAACUCAUUCCUGACAAUUUCAAGGGUUACACUUUGUUAUAUGAAGAGGCAAAAUACUUCCAGCUUCAGCUCAUGUUGUUGGAGAUGGAAACAUGGAAGCAGGACAGAGAAACUGGCCGCUUCUCAAGGCCCUGUGAGUGCCUAGUGAUGCAUAUUGUCCCAGACCUCGGAGAAAGGAUCACACUCAGCCGCGACAAGUUCUUGAUAGAAGAAGUGUUUCCAGAGAUCGGUGAUGUCAUGUGUAACUCCGUCAACGCAGGUUGGAACCGUGACUCGACGCACGUCAUCAGGUUUCCACUAAACGGCUACUGUCACCUCAACUCAGUCCAGGUCCUCGAGAGGUUGCAGCAAAGAGGAUUUGAAAUCGUGGGCUCCUGCAGGGGAGGAGUGAACUCAUCUCGGUUCAGCGAAUACGUCCUGUGGCAGAAACUGAGGCAUCCCCGUGGACCCUCUGUCAUCCGGAUAAAGCAAGAGCCUCUGGACUAA